AUGGAGGGAGGUAGCGUCUUUAGACUUUCUUCUUCUGGUACUGUUCAUUACCAACUUUUCUUUGUGAUGGAUACAUCCAUGGAUUAUGAUGACAAUGAUUUUCAAAGCCAGAAUCUCCAUAUACCUGGUGAAGCGAGCACAAAAUUUCCUCCAGUUUUAAGGCCAUAUGCUCUCCCCAAGUUUGAUUUGGAUGAGAGCCUGCACGGGCAUUUAAGAUUUGAUAGUUUGGUUGAAACAGAAGUUUUCCUUGGUAUUGAAAGUAACGAAGAUAACCAGUGGAUUGACGCAUACCGCGGGAGUAGUGGCAUAGAGUUUGGUUCAACUGCAGCUGAAUCUUGCUCAAUUUCAAGGCAUAAUAAUGUUUGGUCUGAGGCCACUUCCUCGGAAUCUGUUGAAAUGCUAUUAAAAUCUGUUGGACAGGAGGAAUUUAUCCCUAAAGAAACUGAUAUACAGGAAUCUGAUGGCUGUGAUGAACUGGCUUGCUUAGCUAAGCAAAUGGAGCCUGAUCCAAAACCUGACGAUAGAAAUGAAUAUAAAGAUAAUGUUACUGAUUUACAGCCACCAGGUCUUGUCCAUGAAAACUUGGAUGGAUUAAAGGAUGAAGAAAGGGAACAGGUUCUGGCUGGAGUUUCCCUAGGUGAACUAUCCAUUGAGGGGAGUAUAAGUAAUCUGCAACCACAUGAUAUACUGGGAAAUGUGGACUUGACUGUGGCUAGGGGGAUUCUCUUUACUGAUGACAAAAGUGAUGAUGCAAAUCAAGGCAAGGUUGAGAUUGUGGCUGAUGGUCCUCUUGAAGAAAAAACUCAUGAGGACUCAGCUGCUUCUGGGGUGAAGAAUAGUGUUACUGUAACUUCUGUACAGAAUAUGUCUUCUACUUGUGAAGUAUUAAAUAUUCAAAAUGUGCAAAAUCAUGUAUUUGGCAUGGGUCAUGAGGAGCAACGAACUUUACUGAUACAAACAAGUGAGCAAGAUUUGGCUUCUUUUGCAAUUAACAAAGAUUCUGAUAUUGACAUUCGAACUUCGAAUUUAAAUGCUGUUGGGGGUGAAGAACAUGGUUCUAGUAAACCUCUUUGUUCAAAUCCUAUGGAAGAGGCAUUGGAAAGUGGUGAUGUUGUUGAAGGCCUGGAUACUUCUGGAAGUAGUUUAGGGGGCUCCUUGGGCAUGGUAUCUAGUGGUAUUUCAGAUGUGCAGAACACAGAAAGAUGCAAUGAAGAUGCAUGUUUCAGAAAUUUGUCUCAGGGAAAUGCAAAGGAAGAUACAAUUGUGGAUAAUCAAUCUCCAGUAAAUAGAAGUGAUUCACCUAUUAUUGCAAUUAAAGAUGAUUCCAGUUCUGAGGGGCAAAUAGUUGGGGUCAGCAAAUCUGAGUAUAGUACUUGUUCUAAUUUUCAGAAGGAUGAUGAUACUGUUGAGAAGACGUAUAAUGAAAGCAGUGAUUCUAAGGAAAAGGAGUUAUUGAACAUUGGACACCAGAUGGAUACAGAGGUUUUAUUUAGUACGUCAGAGGCAUCUAUUUUUGCUGUUGGGGAUGUGGACAAUAACACUUAUACUCUUAAUGAAAAUAAUACUGAUAGCAAAGUAGGAGGUUUUGCUAGUCUAGGUGCAUUGGAUUCUACAACAUCUUGUAUUUUGGGUGAGGCAACACAAGUAUGUAAAAACAAUGAGCCUGACAAGCAGGGUGACCAUGGAAACGUUUGUCAAGAUAUUUCUGCCAUUGACCUUGCGAAUAAAAAGGACGCUUCUGUUUCCAGUGUAAUGCAUUACAAUGUUGACCAAUCCCAUCUUGAUUCAGGAGUUAAUUCAUCAUCUUUUAGUACAGGUAACAUGGAAACUAAGUUGACAACUGCCACAGUGUCAGAUGAUGUUGAGCCUGUCAAUAAUUCAGAUGUUACACCUGCUAGCAGAGUUGUAUCUACACAUGAAGUUACAGAUCACUUUGAAGUUCAAGGAGUGAUGCUCCUUGGGUCUGCUUCUAUGGUUGAAAAGGAAAAUGCAGAAGCUACAGUAGUCAAUGAAGCAAGCGCCGAAGGUAAAGUAGGCGAUGAAGGAAGCUCUGAAGCUAAAAUAGGCAAUGAAGGAAGCUCUGAAGCUAAAAUAGGCAAUGAAGGAAACUCUGAAGCUAAAGUAACCAAUGAAGGAAGCUCUGAAGGUAAUAUAGCAAAUGAAGGAGGCUCUGAAGCUAAAAUAGCCAAUCAAGCAAGAUCUGAAGGUAAAAUAGCGAAUGAAGGAAGCUCUGAAGCUAACAUAGCAUAUGAAGCAGGCCCAGCUCUUCCUGUUAGGUCUUCUGAACAGGACACUGCUCCUUGUCCUGUUACUGGAACUGAAAAACAAGAUUUUUCUGAUACAUCAAGACAACGGUUGUACAAGACAGUAAGCAGUUGUGUUACCACUGCUUCUGCAAGGAUGGGUAAACCUCAAGAGACACCUAGUGAUAAGGUUGAUCAGGAAUGUGCAAAAGAAGUUGGUGUGACACCAGUUCUCUGUGAAUCAAUAGAGAACCAGGGUGAUAAACUUGCCGUUUCUCUUACCAAGGACGACGAAGAGGCAAUACAAGAGUACCAUGACAAGUCAUCCACAAAAAUAUCAGUUUCCUUGCAUGGCAAAGCUAGUAGUGAACUUCUGGUGAACGUUAGAGUUACCCUAUCUUAUGAUAAGAGAUUGUUGAAUUUAAUAUGUGCAAAUUAUGUGUUAGCUGCUUUUAUUUGUGAUGAUUUAUCUUCAAAUGAAGGUUCCAAAUCUUCUUUUCCUGAUUCCUGCACCAAGUUGCAUGAAACUGGAAGCAGUCCUGUCAACCAUACUGGUAAUGUAUCUGUUAAAUUUCAAAGCCAACCUGAAACUGAAAAGGAUGUGAAUCAAGUUAAGGCUUCUGUUCAUCUGAACCCUUCAAUUUCUGAGUGCAUAAAUAAGGAUGCAUUGAACGUGUCUACUGAUCAUGAUCCUAAGGUGAAUGAUGCAUCUAAAGAAGAGGGAAGCUUAGCUCAUGUGGCAAAUUUGUCCAAAAAAGAUGUUUCAGGAAAGACUGCCAAAGGAACAUAUUCUGGUAAGAGGCAACGAGCUGCAGCGAACAAAGCUUCAAUGGAGUCUCCACUGACUUCUGUAGUAGGUACUCCUAAAACCAAAGUAGUUGGAAAUAUCUCCCUUGGGAGUCCACAAAUAUCUGAUGGUGUUAUAGCACAUGGUCUUUCUCAAGGAACACCAGAACGCAAACCUAGGCGAACCUCCAAUAAGACAAGUGGAAAGGAAAUUUCUAGGAAAGGAAAUAAAGGUAAAACUCCAGGAAGACAGUCAGAAAGAGGGGAGAGAUCAACUACCGUCUCUUUGAGCCCGUCACCUGUUUUCCAGGUGAUGCAAUUGAAUGAGGUGCAGCAGUAUGGGCAUGUUGAUUCUCCUUUCAUGGAUAUUCAGCAAAUACAAUUGCGUGCCCAGAUAUUUGUCUAUGGGGCUUUGAUUCAAGGCACUGUACCUGAUGAGGCAUAUAUGAUAUCAGCUUUUGGGGGCCCAGAUGGUGGAAGGAGCAUUUGGCAGAAUGCCUGGUCUUCCUGCAUGGAGAGGCAGCAUGGUAAAAAAUCUCAUCCUAUGAAUCCAGAAACACCUCUGCAAUCAAGAUCUGGUCCAAGAAAUACUGAUGUAGCAGUUAAGCAAAAUGCCCUUCAGGGUAUCUCUUCUCCUCUUGGCCGAGCCAGCAGCAAGGCUACUCCGACAAUUGCUAACCCAUUAAUACCCCUUUCAUCUCCCCUUUGGAGUUUGCCAACUCCUUCUUGUGAUUCCCUUCAAAGUGCCCUUGCAAGAGGCUCUGUUGUGGAUUAUUCACAGGCACUUACUUCUUUCCAUUAUCAAACCCCACCUGUCAGAAACUUUCUUGGACACAACACAUCUUGGUUAACCCAAACCCCCCUUCGUGGAUCAUGGAAUCCAAUUCCUGUCCCUGAUAACAACAGUUCCCAUAUUUCUGGAUCACUUCUAACAGAUACAAUUCAGUUCAAUCCCGUCAAAGGAUCUUCUGUUCCUCCAAGUGUAAAAAAUGCUUCUCCUGGUCUGACAGCUUCUUCUAGUGCAGGCCUCUUUAUAGCAACUACCCCUCUGCAUGAUACAAACAAUGUGACAGUAUUGAAUGCUCAGCAUUCUUCAGAUCAAAAACCCAAAAAAAGAAAAAAAGGUAUGGUGUCUGAGGAUCUUGGCCAGAAAGCUGUGCAUUUGCAGUCUCAAGUAGUACCAAUUGCUGUUGGGAGUGUGCCCAUAACUACUGUUGAAAAGUCAGUUGUGUCUCUUACUCCUCCAUCUCUUGCUGAUCAGCUCAAAAGUGACUGGAACGUUAAGAAGAGGAUUCUGUCAGAUGAGUCUCUUACAAAGAUUAAGGAGGCAAGGGAAAAUGCUGAGGAAGCUUCUGCUCUUUCUGCUGCUGCUGUGAAUCAUAGCCUGGAGAUAUGGAAACAGUUAGAUAAACAAAAAAAUUCUGGAUUGGUGUCAGAUAUUGAGGCCAAAUUAGCUUCUGCUGCAGUAGCAGUUGCUGCUGCUGCUGCUGUUGCAAAGGCAGCAGCUGCUGCUGCCAAUGUUGCAUCAAAUGCUGCAUUGCAAGCAAAAUUAAUAGCUGAUGAAGCAUUAUUCUCAUCUGGUUAUGAGAGUGCUUGCCAAAUUUCUUGUUCAGAGGGUAUGAGUAACUUGGGAAAAGCAACCCCUGCGUCCAUUUUGAAGGGUACUAUUGGAACCAAUAGCUCUAGUUCUAUCAUCGGAGCUGCAAAGGAAGCUGCAAGGAGGAGAGUGGAAGCUGCUUCAGCUGCCAGAAAACGAGCUGAAAAUAUGGAUGCUAUUGUGAAGGCUGCUGAGCUGGCAGCAGAGGCUGUAUCCCAGGCUGGAAAGAUUGUAACUAUGGGUGAUCCUUUGGCAUUAAAUAACAUAGUAGAAGCUGGUCUAGAGGGUUGUUGGAAUGCAGCCCGAGAAUCCACUCAGCAAGUUGGCUUGUUGAAAGACAUGACCUGUGGUCUAUUGAGAGCGGACAAUAUUGGAGACAGACUCGAAACUUCUCAGAUAUGUGAUAGAGCUCAUGAAAUGGGGAAGAACACUGCUGCAAGUGAGAAGUCACCCUUUCAUACAGUGCAUAGUGAGAUAUCUCAGGACCAUAUGAAAUGUAUUGAAAGCAUUUCUUCUGUUAUUAAUAUCAACGAAAAUAGUUCAAAAGGACCAAAUCUAGUCAAUCCCAUUGAUGUGCUUCCCGAAUCAGAAAUUGAAAUACUGGCUACUUCCAUAGCUGGUAAUAGACCUCAAGAUCUAGAGGAAGAUAACAUCAAGGAGGGCUCACCUGUAGAGGUUUUCAAAGAAGGAGAAGCAUAUCGAGCCGCAUGGUACAAGGCCAAAGUAUUAAGUGUAAAGGAUGGUAAAGCUUAUCUAAGCUACGAUUCACUUUUAGAUGAUCAAGGUGUGGGGCCUUUGAUGGAAUGGAUUUCACUUGAAGGUGAAGAGGACAAACCUCCCAGAAUACGCAUUGCUAGUCAUAUAACUGGUUUGCGUAAUGAAGGAACAAGGAAGAGACAGAGGGCAGCUAUGGUAGAUUAUACUUGGUCUGUUGGGGAUAGGGUUGAUGCAUGGGUAGAAGACAGCUGGCAGGAAGGUGUUAUCACAGAACAGAACAAGAAAGACAAAACUAUAACUGUUCACUUCCCAGGCAUCGGAGAAACAUCACUUUUCAGAGCCUGGCAUCUACGUCAAUCUUUUAUUUGGAAAGAUGGGAAAUGGAUUGAGGUUCCCAAGGUUGUGGCAAAUGACAGUUUUACGCAUGAGGGUGAUACGCCUCGUGAAAAACGACCUAAGUUAGGUAGUCCUGCAAUAGAAAUAAAAGGUAAGGAGAGGAUUCCAAAAGGAACUAAUGUCGUGGAGUCAGCAAAUCCUGGCGAGUUGAGGUUACUGGAUUUGACUGAAAAUGAUAAAGUGUUCAAUAUUGGUAAGAACAGCAAGAAUGAAAAUAAAUCUGAUGCACAAAGAAUGGUGAGGGUGAGGACUGAUCACCAAAAAGAAGGAUCAAGAGCGAUUAUUGGUGUUCCUAAACCUGGGAAGAAAAGGAAAUUUAUGGAAGUAAGCAAGCAUUACGUUGCUGAUGGGACAGGUAAGAUCAACGAUGGAAAUGAUUCAGUUAAGCUUUCAAAUUUCCUUGUAACUCAAGGUACAGGAUCACGUGGAUGGAAAAAUACCUCAAAAAAUGAUACCAAGGAAAAAUUAGGAGCUGGCUCCAGGCCCGCCUUCAAGUCUGGAAAACCGCAGAGUGUUUCUGGUAGUAGAGUGAUCCCACCGAAAGAAAACACAUUAUCAAACUCUCGUACUAAUGAUAUGACAAGUCGUGCAGAAAGGAUCAAGGAUUCGUCCAGUCAUUUUAAAAAUGUCUCUCAGAGUGAAAAUCAGGUAGAAAAAGUGUCCUAUUCUGGAAACACUGGAGCUGGGGUUGGACCAAUUUUAUAUUCGUCCCUUGCGUCUACAACUGAUUCUCAUCCUCCUAAAAAAACAUCAACAUCAAGGGCAAGUAAAGGAAAACUUGCGCCUGCUGGUGGUGGAAGGUUGGGUAAGAUUGACGAGGAAAAAGCGUUCAAUGGAAAUCAAGUCAAGUCAACAUCUGAAAUCGCUGAGCCUCGUAGGUCCAAUCGAAGGAUUCAGCCAACAUCAAGACUAUUAGAAGGAUUGCAGAGCUCUUUAAUCGUCGCAAAGAUUCCCUCUGUUUCACAUGAAAAGGGUCACAAAAACCAUAAUCGGAAUACUUCUAGGGGGUGA